GUCGAUUGCUCAAAAUGGUGUUGCCACAUCAAUCCAUUUUGCCGUUCGCACAAACAAAAACUGAGGAAAUCGCAGCAACAAAAAAAAAAGGAAAAAAGGAAUCACAACAAAACAAAUAAGAAAAUUAACUCAAUGGAAAGCGAUGGAAGCGCAGAAAAUGCAUCUAAUGUUGUUGCACUAUGUGAAACGCCCAGCGUAAACACUUUUCCAUCAAAUAAAUGGAUAAAACUGAAUGUCGGUGGGAAAAUUUAUACAACAACAAUUGAUACACUAGUUGGCCGUGAACCGGAUUCAAUGUUGGCGAGGAUGUUUCUCCAGGACGGUGGCAUGAUGCCCAGCGAGAAGGACGAACAGGGCGCCUACUUGAUAGAUAGGAGUGCCCGCUACUUUGAGCCGAUUAUUAAUUAUCUGCGUCAUGGGGAGUUCGUAUGUGAGAGUAACAUUAGCUUAAAGGGCGUUCUGGAGGAGGCGCGUUUCUUUGGAAUCUACUCGCUGGUCUCUCACCUGGAGGAGAAGCUGAGCGAGCAGGAGCAGCUGCUGGACGACAGACCCUUGACACGCAUGGAGGUGAUUAAAGCAAUCAUUCAGACAUCUGCAAUUACGGAGCUGCGCUUCCAGGGCAUUAAUCUAUCUGGCGCUGAUCUUCGCAAACUGGAUUUCCGUAAUAUCAACUUUAAGUAUGCUAAUAUGUCGCGUUGCAAUUUAUCCCACACAAAUCUGAAUUACUGCUGCCUGGAGCGAGCAGAUCUUCAAUAUGCCAAUUUGGAAUGCGCACAGUUGGUUUCAGUGCGCGGUUUAUGUGCAAAUAUGGAAGGUGCCAAUUUGCGUGGCUGCAACUUCGAGGAUCCCACAGGGGUGCGCACCAAUCUGGAGGGCGUAAAUCUGAAGGGAGCCUGCCUGGAGAGCAGUAACAUGGCAGGUGUUAAUUUGCGCGUGGCAAAUCUUAAGAAUGCCAAUAUGAAGAAUUGUAAUUUACGUGCCGCAGUUUUGGCUGGAGCCGACUUGGAACGUUGCAAUUUAUCGGGAAGCGAUCUGCAGGAGGCCAAUUUACGUGGUGCCAAUCUAAAGGAUGCCGAGCUGGCAUUGAUGGUUACGCCUUUACAUAUGUCGCAGGCCAUACGUUAAUCUUUAAAUACCUUUUAAGCCAAAGGGGACAUCACAAUGUGCAAUUAUUUUGGGUUUUCUAUUAUGUGAUGCGUAGGUAAAUUGCGGUCUUGACUUAAUAUUUGUAAAUACCUAUUUGUAUAUAAGACCUAGAACGUUAAAUAAAACAGUAUUAAAUACGCUA